UGGUUACACUAGCAAAAUGAAAAUGGCGUCAUUGUAGGUUUUGGUGUUUUGAGGUUAAGAAUAAAGAUUACAAACACAAAAUAGAGCAAUGGGGAGAAAGAUACCAGGAGGAAAACACAAAGGUGUGAAAGACCCUCAGAAACAAAGAGACAAUCGAAACGCUUCUUUACAGAAUAGAAUCAACGCACCUCCAGAAAUUGUGGAUUUCCAGGAAGUGCCUAAAAGUGUGGAACGAUUAAUGAAAUUAAAUCAAGCACUGAAAGAUGGUAGAAUGCAGACAAAGAAGAGAAGGAUGAGGAAGAAAAAACAGAAAAAUGAAUUGAUAAAUACAGAGAAUUUGAUAGGAAAAGAGAUACUAUUACCAGGGAUGACAAAGGCAGACAAACCAACACAAUCAUUUGCUCAGAAACCAGGAGAAACAGAUAGUCAAUUCUUGCACAGAAUUGAUGAGGCAUGUCAUCAAGUGAUUCAGGAAGCAAAGUUUGAGGCAAAAUAUGGUGUUGAUAUCAAUGUAGAUCCUGUCACAGGAGAAGUGUCAGUAACAAAGCAGCCAAGAGAUGAAGUUGAUGAGAUAGAACAUUCAAUGCAUAAGAAGCAAAAUAAGAAUAAUCCUGGAAGAAAAUCAAGUAAGAAUUUACGGAAGAAGCAGAAAUUGGAAGAAGUAAAGACGGUGAAAUUAGACAAAAAUCAAGAUGACUUUGAGAGGUUUCAAGAUAAUGUUAAAUUUGGUGAAACAGUUCAUGCUCCACCUACAAUCAAAGCAGUUCCACGAAAAGCAGGUUCAAAGGAUGCAAAGGACAGGCCUGGAAGGAAGGAUUUGUUGCUGAAACCAAUGUUGCAGACAAAAACUGGGCCCAUUUCCACAUUUUCAAGGAAACUGCCUUUCGCCACACAUCGACAGUUGGAGUUGCAAAGAGUGCAAGCAGUUGAGGCAUAUAGGAUGCUGAAAGCUCGGAAAUAGAAUCUUCCAGUUAUUCACAAUGUAUACAAAACAUGUAUAUAUUUAUGUGACUUCAGUAGAU